GCCAGGGGAUCGCUUUAGUGACUGACUUGACUCCGUAGUCUCUUCAGCAACCGCCAACUCUCCGUCUCCUUGUCCCUUGGGGUUCGUGCUGCUGACGGGAAAAAGGAGGCAGUCCCAUUCAUUCUUCUCCGUCCUGCCUGGAUCCAUUGCGGGCAUCUCCCCUGCCAGUCCCGUGGUACAGUCCGGAAUUCCACCCGCUGGCUCUGGGUCCAUUCCAUCCCAUCGUAUCCAACCUCCCCCCUUCCUCCUCAUAAUUUACCCAUUGAACGACGACGGCCUGUGGCUUCCGCUCAACACACCUGCUUCCCUUCGUUCUCCUCUUUCCCUACCAUGGAAUAAUUGUUGGUCUGUCUUCGUCCACCAUCCCGAACUUCGUUUCUUCCGCCUCGCUUGUGUGAAUCGGAACUUGGAUUGAAGAAACCAGCUGGUUUCCCAUAGUUGGCGCCCUCCCAGGUGGUCGGGUUCCAACAUGUCUUCUACACGGAACAGCGGAGAUUACGAAGGAGACUCCUUUGAUGAUGCCCCCGAAUCCCCGAACCUGCACGGCAGGCUGAGUGUUUCGAUUCCUCAGAGCUCUUCCACCCGGUCUUUGACAGACAGCCCUCCCAGCGGAUCGAAUGUCGCGACGCCUCAAUUGACGGAAGCUCCCCCGUUACCCACGCCUUCUCACGAGGAUCACGAGACGGCCGAAGACACCGAUGAUCACGAUAGCGUGGGCGCACAAUCAGAAGCGGAGGGUGCCCCUCCCAAACAAAAGCUGCAGAAAUCUCCUCUUUUGACGGCGCACCGGCUAUCGACAACCUCUCUCGACGAUGUCAAUCUUGCCAGCAGCAACAAGGAUGAUGAAUCGAUCGAGAACCAGGAUUUGAGCCAGGAGCUCAAAUCUGGCACCCCUCAACUAACGUCGAGAGAUUCCACGUCGUCCCACAGUUCGCGCCUCCAGGGAUCUGGCAACGCCCCUCCCGCGAAGAAUCAGGCCCCUGUUGCACCGCCGCCUCCACCGACUCGAUCAUUUACCAGUCCGUUCGCAUGGCUUUCUCGAAGCUCGUCGGGUGGAAAGGACACCAAGUCCCCUCCGGCGCAACCACGUCGGAACACGGCUGCGUCUAUCUCAACGAUCUCGAGCAAUCCGGAGUUGGCGGGUCGACACCACGACGGGGAGGACGCGGAUGGCUUGAAUCCCCGGAAGCCUAGACGCAGUAGUCUCAAGGACCAGUUCAAACAGCUCAGGAUGCGGGAGGAAGGACUCGCGUCGGAUUAUGACGAGAUUAGCGUUGCAUCAGGACGUGCAAGCAUCAGCCAGCCCGCCGGAAGCCCUCCGCCCAGCAUUCCGGAAGAAGGAGAGAAUGGCAUUGCCGUCGCGACGUCGCCGCCUAGUGGAGCAGCGACCGUCAAUCCCAACCUUGCCCCGGGCACCGUGGCUGGGAUUUCGACCUCUGCGACCGACGCGUCUGCACCGGUGGACUGGGAGCUCUGGCAGCAACUGGUCAACAAUGGCGCGCAAGCGUUGAAGGGAGCCAACUCGAAUGAUUUGAACGCGGCUAUCAAACGAGGCAUCCCGCAGACUAUCCGAGGAGUGAUCUGGCAGGUCCUGGCUGAUAGCAGGAACCCCGAGCUCGAGGAAGUAUACCGGGAACUUGUUGCCCGUGGCACAGACAAGGAGAGGCAGCGUACGCCCAAUGGCACUAUCAAUGGAGCUGGCGACAAGGACUCUACAGCCUCUUCCUCCCGCUCAUCCGUUCGCUCGGAACGCUCUGCAUCGCUGGCUCAUUCGCUCAAUGGCUCACCAAGUCCUUCCCACGAGGUGGAUCCCGAAAAGCUGGCCAAGGAGCAAGCCGGGAGCGAAACUGCUCGCAAGAAGAAGGCCAAGGAGGAAGCGGCUGCGCUCCAGAAGCUAGAAAAGACUAUCCGUCGUGACCUUGGUGCUCGGACAAGCUAUUCACGCUACUUCGUGUCGCAAGGGAACCAGGAAGGGCUGUUCGGGCUCUGCAAGGCAUACGCUCUGUACGACGAGGCGGUGGGAUAUGCCCAGGGAAUGAACUUCAUUGUUAUGCCAUUGCUAUUCAAUAUGGACGAGGCCGAAGCAUUCACGCUUCUCGUCAAACUCAUGAACCAGUAUGGGCUGCGGGAGCUGUUUAUCCAUGACAUGCCAGGUCUGCACCGCAGCCUUUAUCUAUUCGAACGCUUGCUGGAGGACGUGGAGCCGGCUCUCUAUUGUCACCUCCGGCGGCGGGGAGUGCCGCCGCAAUUGUACGCCACUCAGUGGUUCCUGACCCUUUUCGCCUACCGAUUCCCUCUUCAACUGGUCCUCCGCGUCUACGAUCUUAUUUUCGAGGAAGGCCUUGAGAACACCAUUUUGAAAUUUGCGCUGGCUAUCAUGCGCCGGAAUGCGGACACGCUCUUGAGCAUGAAGGACAUGGCGCCACUGACGACCUUUUUGAAGGAGCGCUUGUUCGAUGUGUACAUUGACAAGCAGCCCUCCGCGUCGUCGAUUCUGGAGUCCGGUUUCUUUGGGAGCUCAGGGGCUGCGGAUAAGGAAGUCUACCGGGCCGACAUAAUGGUCCAGGACGCUUGCGCCAUCCCUCUCGAGCCUGAGACGAUCCGUGCCUACACGGCGGAAUGGGAAGAGAAGGAGCGGACCGAGAAGGAGCGCGAAAUGGAGCUGGAACACCUUCGGCACACGGUUGCCUCGCAGAGUGCCCGGAUCCGCCUACUAGAGGAGCAAGCCGAGGCGUCUGAUAAAGAACAUGUGCAGCUUGCGUCCGAACUGGUGCACCUCAAGGUGGAGAAUGAGGAAUUGACGGACAUCAACGAUGCGAUGAAGCUGCAGGUCAAGGAGCUGAAGAAUGUUGUGGAUAAGCAACCGGCGGAGGUGGAAGAGAAGCUGCGGACGGAGAUGGAACGCAUCAUGCAGCGCAACGUUGAGGUUCAGAAUGAGAACCGGUCGAUGGUGGAGCAGAUGGCGGAGAUGGAGAAGGAGCUGGUCGAGGCAAAGAUGAAAUGGGCCGAGAUUCACGACGAACACGAAAACCUGAAGUUGAAAUGGAGCGAUCUCCGCAAGGCUCUCAACUGAGCUGGCUGUAGAUAUAUUCUAACUGAGUUUAGCGGGUGUUGCCUGGCUUCGCUGCUUGCUUCUUUCCUUCCCUCGACCGGAUGCUCGAUGAUUAUCUCUGUCUGUACAUUUAAGCGGCUGACACGAGGGGCCUUGUUGGGUAAUUGUAUACCAAGGCUCGGCGAGGACGAUGUUAAUUGUAUCAUGUUUCUGCAGCGAGGCGGCUGAUAUCCUCCACCUUCGUGCUGUGAUAUUUUCAUAUGCGAGUAGCCAUGAGUCCAUCCAUGUAUACCAUGACAAUAGUCCUUACUAGGAACAUCACAAUAGACUUU